CAGUUGCGUUCGCGUUUUCCAGCAGUUCAGAUGGCCACGCGGCCGGUUAAAAGAUGAGCCUAUCGUUGCUGCCGUGCGGUCGGUACUCGUCCUCGUCCACGUCCAUAUCCACAUCCUCGUCGUCUUUGUCGUCUUCGUCCUGCUCGUCUUCGUCCUGGUUUUCGGACGUCGUGAGUGCGGUGGCAGCUGGCACUACUACUACCAAUACUACUACUGCUACUUCUGCCGUAGCUAUUAUAGCCCCAAAAACAACUGCAAAUGAUGCCCUUGUGCUGGCUUAGCCGCAAAAAAUGAAAGUGAUUUAUAUGGCCAAAUGAAAUAUGCUCGCCUAAGUGAACCGACCGGCCCGGAAUCGAGUCAAUUAAAAUUCAAUUAUGCGACCAAAGAUGAAGGAGAGGCCGCGUAAGCGUUUGAAAACCGUUCGACCGCUGAACUCCUGACUGAACCGGAAGUUUAAACUGCCAUUGUAGUGUGUUCCCCCAAGCAUAAUCCUAGCAAUCGAUCAUAUCACAAGCGGAUAACUGAGUACAUAUCGUGCAACAAAAACUGGGUUAAGUCUCAGACUUGCGAGACUUAUCAACGGCAAGGAUAUACGCCAGAUAUCAAAACUGCAAUUACUUUUAUCCUUGUUCUGCUUGUUAUCGUCGUCGUUUCUUGUCUUCGCGUUGCGAUUGCCGGUUGUAAAAGUUCAAGAAAUAGUGGUGGAAAACAAACGAAUAUAAACCCAAACACUGUCCAAAACCCCCACCAAAAACUCCACUCAGCGAGCUUGUUCGAAUGGAAAUCAAUCAAUUGCACAAUGCCAGAAUGCAGGCGGUGUGAAAAAGUGAAUUAAUUGCACAGCACGACGUCAAAGCUAAGAAACAUAACGAACAGCAAUUUAACCAUAAAGAAUAAAAAUUACAAAUAAAGACCCCACAUGACACGACUGUCAUUUGUAAUUACAAAUGAGUAUGAAAAAAUGGGCAUACAUAAUUUACAAUUACUAUAAAUUUUAAAGCAAAACACACAUACCUAUAAAUACAGCAAAGUAUUUGCAAUUAAAUUAUCUGUGAUUUUUGUCAACAUAUUAAAUAUUUUGCGUGCGCGUGAUUAAACCCCAUAUUUCGUAUUCGAACCCGUAUACCAUCAUUUAAAGUGAAUAGUUGUGAAUGGUCCCAGUGCGUUCGGCUUAAAGGCAAUUCUAUUCGUCGCCGGUUGUUUGUUGUUGUUCAUUUCGUUUGGCGUUGAUUUCUCGUAGUGCUUUAAGUGUUGUAUAUCGAAUUGGUGUUGAAUCGGAAUCGUGUAAAUAUCGUACAAAAUGGCAAUGGUUAUAUCGACGCGUGCCAAGCUCGUGAUUACCGCGCUGAUUCUGUUCUUCCUGCUCGGCAUCGUCCUCGUAACGGGCUCCACAAAGGGAUGGUUCAAUCCCAACCGCUACAACGGCGAAAGGGUGGCAGCUAGGAUUCAGGCGACAGACAUCUUCGACGCCAGUGGAAUGCAGCCCCCGGGACAGACGCAGUACACGCACGAGAGACCGUAUCGCGGCAUCAAGGGCGAGAAGGGAGAGCGGGGGCCCAAGGGCGACAGCAUUCGCGGUCCGCCGGGACCGCCGGGUCCGCCAGGACCCAAAGGCGAAACGGCCCCCUAUCCGCCCUUUGUGGAGACGACGAGUGCGGGGGCUAAAUACACUGGCGAGUGUACAUGUAAUGCGUCUGAUAUCCUAGAGGCCAUCAAGGACAAUGAGUCGUUGCGGGAAUCGUUGCGAGGAGCACCGGGCACGCCGGGCAAGGAUGGAAAGCCAGGUACCCCUGGACACACCGGAGCCACCGGAGUGCCUGGAGCCAGAGGCGCCCGGGGGUCCGAAGGUGCCCAGGGGCUGAAGGGCGAGCCAGGCGUCGACGGGCUGCCCGGAGUCAUGGGUCCGCCGGGACCACCGGGCCCGCCUGGUUUGCCCGAGAAUUACGAUGAAUCCCUAAUGGUCAACUCGAUGGGCGCAUUCCGGGGCACGACGCAGCCAGGAGCCAAAGGUGUGCCCGGCGAGAAAGGUGAUGCCGGCCAGAAAGGAGAGCGUGGCGAUCCGGGUCACAAAGGUGCACACGGGCCCAGCGGCGCAAAGGGUGAGCCUGGCGAACCGGGAACACCCGGACUGCCGGGAUUGCCCGGACAGGUCGGACAGCCCGGCGGACUUGAUGGCCUCGCCAGUGCCAAUGGGACCAAGGGCGAGAAGGGCGAGAAAGGCGAGAAGGGCAUGCGGGGUCGGCGCGGCGGAACGGGUGCCACUGGACCAAUUGGACCGCCCGGAAAACCCGGACCCAUGGGCGAUAUUGGACACUCGGGUCGUCCUGGCAUGACAGGACCAAAGGGUGAAAUGGGUCCCAAAGGACCAAAGGGUGAUUCCGGCGGACGCGAAGGGUUAAAGGGUGAUAAGGGAGACCGAGGUCAGGAUGGUCGCGAUGGCUUGCCAGGACCUCCAGGAUUACCCUCUACUGGUGGAGGCGAUGGUGACAGCGGCGGCGUGCAGUACAUACCAAUGCCAGGACCACCAGGACCUCCGGGACCGCCAGGUCUGCCGGGUCUUUCCAUUUCUGGCCCCAAAGGAGAACCCGGAGUGGAUUCGCGAAGCUCCUUCUUCGGCGAUGCAUCCUACUACGGACGACCAGGAGCGCGCUCAUCCUUGGACGAACUCAAAGCACUGCGAGAACUGCAAGAUCUUCGCGAUCGGCCCGAUGGCACAGCCGAGCCACCGCGCCAGCCAGGACAUUCCCACAAGCAUGAGGAGACCCUGGGGCUUGUCGAUGGCGAGGAACCAUACUUCUCGGCAUCCUCAUCGAACAUGAACAUGAAGAUUGUGCCCGGCGCAGUCACCUUCCAGAACAUCGAUGAAAUGACAAAAAAAUCGGCCCUGAAUCCACCGGGCACAUUGGCCUACAUCACCGAGGAGGAGGCGCUGCUGGUUCGCGUAAACAAGGGAUGGCAGUACAUUGCGCUGGGAACUCUGGUGCCGAUUGCCACGCCCGCUCCGCCCACAACGGUGGCACCAUCGAUGCGAUUCGACCUGCAGUCGAAGAAUCUGCUCAACAGUCCACCACCCCUUCUCAAUACGCCAACGCUACGCGUGGCCGCACUGAAUGAGCCCUCCACUGGCGAUUUGCAGGGGAUUCGCGGGGCGGAUUUCGCCUGCUAUCGACAGGGACGACGGGCAGGACUCCUGGGCACCUUCAAGGCAUUCCUCUCAUCCAGGGUACAGAAUCUGGACACCAUUGUGCGUCCGGCUGACCGGGAUCUGCCCGUGGUGAACACUCGUGGCGAUGUGCUCUUCAACUCGUGGAAGGGCAUCUUCAAUGGCCAAGGUGGCUUCUUCUCGCAGGCGCCGCGAAUCUACAGCUUCAGUGGCAAGAAUGUGAUGACGGAUUCUACAUGGCCCAUGAAGAUGGUCUGGCACGGCUCGCUGCCCAAUGGCGAGCGUUCCAUGGACACCUACUGCGAUGCCUGGCACUCGGGUGACCACUUGAAGGGCAGCUUUGCCAGCAAUCUCGAUGGCCACAAGCUGCUCGAACAGAAGCGCCAGUCCUGCGACAGCAAGCUGAUCAUCCUGUGCGUGGAGGCACUCUCGCAGGAUCGCAAACGCAAGAAGCGGGAAAUCGGUGAUGGCAGCAGUCACGGCGAAAGUGAAAGUAGGGAGUUCAAGACGGCCGAUGAGUAUGCAGCGCAUUUAGAAAAUUUACUGCUGUAAGCGGAAACGGAAGGAAGAAGAGGAGCGGCAUCACACCGAACACAUUCUCAUGCAUAAAACAAAACAAAUCACAGCACACACCCACACACAGACACAUGCGUGCACACAUUGAAUGUCAACGUGAAUCAUGGCCAUGCAUAUAAUCAGCGAAUUCCAAACAAAAACCAAAAAGAGAAAUACUCAGACGGCAGAUGGAUGUUGCAUAUAAAUACAUACUUAUAUUACCAGUACGCAUACACACUACUCGUAGGUAAUAUGUCUAAUAUAUUGCUAAACGUAUAUGAUAAACACAAAUAGAUAUAUAUCAUGGAUAUAUAUUUGAGUUGUACUUUAUGUUUAGGACACGGCACGAGCAAGCAGCAAUUUUUGUACAAGCAGGAAACGUAUUUGUAGUUUGUAAACUGUAAUUUGUAACUUACCGAUAGCCGUAACCGAACUAAUAUCUAAUUUUGUAAUUACCUAAGCUCAUCAUUCACAACAAAAAAAUAAGAAAAUAAACAAAGAAAAAAAAAAAAAAACAAACAGCAGCGGAACACCCAGUCGCCUCCGCCUACGCAAUACUGGCCAAAUUAGUAUCCUACUUAGAUUUGUAUGGCAAUGCACCCGAGAAUCGAGAAUCGAGCAAUUCGAAAAGCGAGCAACUCUUCACAGGACCCUGUAUAUGCGUGUAUAAAUGUGUAUUUUUGUCAAAAGACUUCUAGGUGUGUGUACAUUAUAAGAAAGCCCCGCGUGGUUACUAUACGAAAACGUUUUUAACUAUCGCAUGCAGCCCUUUCUGCCCAGUCUAUAUACGAUAUAUAUAUCUGAACUUUAUAUAGGAUAUACAUAUGUGUUUUACGACCGAUUUCUACUGUACUCCUAUCUUAGGCCAGAGAUUUUCUACAGCGUAGCUCGCGAUUCACCACAAUACACGUUAUCGAAUUCCGAAUUGCAUUUUCGGAUCGCGCAGUUCUUUUAUAUGCAUCAGAUGAGUAACGAUAAUGAAAUUAUAGCAUAAUCAACACACAUAAGUACAUACACAGCCGUGGAUGGUAAAUUCGUAAUUUAUUGUCAUUCGAUAACGAACACUUAACUAAAUUCUAAUUAUAGUUACCGAUAGUUAGUUACGUAAUAAUUUCUUUUUGCAUUUAACCAAUGCAUUUCCAACUACAACAUUUGUAAUGUAAUUAAACGUAAUUGUAAUGACAGUUAAGGUAUUAAUUUAAAACAAUAAACCACAAACGCAGAACACAAAGCGAAUGGCGCGUUAGCCAAUCGCACGGUGACAUUAUAUAGUACGAUUAAAGUAAUAUAAAUUUAGUGAAAUCAAAACUGAAGUGCAGAACCCUCUAGUCCUAAGCGUAAAAACACGAAGAGAAGAGAAAAGAAGAGCAGAGAGAGUGCAUAACAGAGAUACAUAAUAGCAUAAUAUAAUUGAAUAAUAUGAAACAAUAAAAAGUAAACUAUC